UUUUUUUUUUGGUAUUAUUUAAAUAAAUUUGCCCACUCUUCAGUCGACCCUUCCCCCUUCCCCUUUACUUUUCACUGCAACGAUCUAACAGACAAUCAAGAACAGUCUGCAGAAUAAAAGCAGAAGCAAAAGCCAACCGAAAAGUCUGAAUAAAAUAAAUAACUUCAUGAUUCCCACGUCUUCUUGUUUUGCUUUACCAUUCCUUCAAUCCAACUCCACUUACUCCACUUUGGGCAAAAAAAUAUAAUUCUUGGGAUUUCCCUCCAAAUCCUAACCCAUUUCCGUUCAAGACCCAAUCUUCCUCUGAUUUCCGUUUCAGCAUUUCUUUAUCUGAAGAAACGGGAAGAACCCACUUGUUUUCUUGCAUAAACAAAGAUUCUUGACUAAAAAAAUAAUUGAAGAGAUUCCCAUUUCGUUGAUUUGUUCAACUAUUGCAAUCAAUGACAGAGGUGCUCCACUCCCCUUCUUCGUCCUCUUCUCCCUCGAUAUCGACUCCCACCCACAAUGCCACGUUGUUUCACCAGACUCAGUCGUAUGUGGGGGAUGAGGGGAUUUCUGGGCUGACAGGGGAUGAAGUAGAGGAAGAAGAGGAAGAGAAUAGAGUGAGGGAGAAAAGGGAGAACGAUAGGAGGGAUCAGUUAUCUCUUUUGGCCCUUUUAGUGACUCUGUUUAGGAAGAGUUUUUGGUUGGCUUGCAAGACGGAUAGAGACAAUUUUUCUAGCGCCACAGCUGGUGGUGGUGGGAACUGUGGCAGUGGGGUUAUGGAGAUCGGUUGGCCUACUGAUGUACAGCAUGUGAAUCAUGUCACAUUUGAUAGAUUCGAUGGGUUCUUGGGUUUGCCUGUUGAGUUUGAGCCUGAGGUUCCCAGGAGGGCUCCUAGUGCUAGUGCCACUGUUUUUGGAGUUUCUACCGAAUCAAUGCAACUGUCUUAUGAUCCACGAGGCAAUAGUAUUCCAACUAUCCUCCUGCUUUUGCAGAGGCAUUUGUAUGCUCAAGGUGGCCUGCAGGCUGAAGGUAUUUUCAGAAUAACUGCAGGAAACAGCCAGGAGGAGUAUGUCAGGGACCAAUUAAACAGAGGAGUGGUUCCUGAAGGCAUCGAUGUGCAUUGUUUGGCAGGCUUAAUCAAGGCUUGGUUCAGAGAACUCCCUAGAGGAGUAUUGGAUUCUCUUUCUCCUGAGCAGGUGAUGCAAUGCCAAUCGGAGGAGGACUGCGAUGCACUAGUGCGGCUUCUACCCCCGACAGAAACUGCUCUGCUGGAUUGGGCGAUCAACCUAAUGGCUGAUGUCGUCCAAGAGGAACAUCGAAACAAGAUGAAUGCACGCAACAUUGCUAUGGUGUUUGCUCCUAACAUGACACAGAUGGCCGACCCAUUGACUGCAUUGAUGUAUGCAGUCCAGGUGAUGAACUUCCUCAAGACCCUAAUAGAGAAGACUUUACGAGAAAGAGAAGAUUCUAUUUUAGAACCAGCUUAUACAACCCACAUUGAGCCUUACGACGACAAUAGCCAUCAGAGUGUUUCACAAGCAGAUCAUGAAAAUUCUGCUGAAUCAAAUGAAGAGACCGCAGAGGCCUUCGUGGUGGAGGAUCCUGGUUCAGACAGUGCCUCUGAAACUAACCGAGUAGAUAACAUCAGUGAUGAAGAGUAUCUUAGUUAUUCAACCUCCGCUGAAGAAUCUGAUGAAACUGGUUCUUGUGAAACACCUGCUGAAGUCUACACAGUUGUCUUUCCAAGGGAAGCUAAAGUAACAAAUGGCCUUCAGAUUCAGUUUGAAGAGAGCAAGUGGAGCAAAACAGGCCAAUCAAACGACUCCACUCACAUAAAAUCCGAAUCAAGAAUUGAUGGUCAGAUUGAACCAGUAGGUUUAGCUAUGAAAACUGAUAACAUGGGCAAGGGAAUUAGCAACUUGAGCCGUAUAAAUUCAACGACAGAACGGUUUGAGGCAUGGCGGUGAAUAAGCUCCAUCCAUGGCUGACUGAUAUUAACCUUUUACCCCUUUGAUUCUGAUGUGAAACUUGUCCAAUGUCUGUAUGUGCUUUUACCUCUUACUUUUGCUGGGUGGUUGUUGCUUACUCUGUUGCGGUUCCAUGUAUGCAUUGUUAGAAAAACCUGUUAACUGAAAACUGAGAUGUCCUGUUGCAGUUCCACGUAUGCAUUGUUAGAACAACCUGUUAACUGAAUACCGAGAUGUGAUUUCCAUUUGUUUGAUUUCA